AUGUAUUCCUAAUUAAAAAAAAAAAAGUCUCCAGAUGCUCAUCCCUCUAUUCCCAAAGGUUAGUUUUCAAACGAUCAAAAAUUUUAUUAAGAGUUGACUCAAUAAUUAUGGGAAUCUCAUCCUACAGAUGAGAAUUUAGAAAUAUCUGUAGAUGUACCUUAGAUGUAAACAAAAAGAGCAUAACCAUACUUAACAGAAGAAAACAAUUUGGUCCUAGAAAAUCGUAAGCUUAAAGAAACUAUAAUUUAAAUGAAAUUGGAAAUGAAGUCUAAAUUAGAGGCUGAUCUAUUGAAACAAAAAAAUGAAUUCCAAUCCAUCUUAUAAGAGUAUGUAACUUUCAUAGAUAAGAUCUUAUAAGAUAAAAAAGACUUAUAGUUAUAAUUGUCACAAUUUUAAAAGCAAGAACCCUAGGAAAAUCAAAAUGAAUUGAUUGAAUAACUUCACUUCUUGUAGGAUGAAAAUUGUAAAUCCCUGUAAUAGUCAGAGGAAUUCAGCAAUAAAUUAAUUUAGAUAGAGACUUUGUUAAUCAAUUUAGAAGAAGAAAAGAAAAUUGCCUAUGAAAAGAUAGAACUACUUAAACUUCAAAAUCAAUAAUUAAAAUAGCAUUACGAGGAGAGGCUAUAAAAUUUGAAAUAACAACAUUACACAGAUAUUACUAAAUUCGAAUCUAUUGUAUAGGAAGCACUAGAUAAGAAGGACUUUAAAAUACAGAAACUAAAGGAGCAAUUAAGUUAUUACACAGACCAAUUUUGA